CUUUCUGUUAAGAAGCACUGGGGAAAGCAACUUUAGUUGAUGUCUACUUUACUACCUACAGCACUUCAUUAAAUAAAUAAAAAGAUUAAAUUAUGUCUACAACCUCUACGAAACUCCGAUUUGACGGGAGGGUGGCGAUCGUCACUGGCGGGGCGCAGGGCAUGGGAAGGGAGCAUUCGAUGCUUCUCGGUAGCCGUGGCGCCAAGGUCGUCAUUAAUGACCUCGACGAGAAAGGCGCUGAAGCGACAGUCAAGGCUAUUCAAGCUGCAGGAGGUGAAGCGAUCGCUGUCGCCGGGUCUAUUUCGGAGCGAAUUGUCGUCGAGGCUCUUGUCGAUGCUGCGAUCAACACCUGGGGUCGGAUCGACAUCCUGAUCAAUAAUGCGGGUAUUGACUUCUCGAAGCCUUUCACUGAGUUCACCGACUCUGACUUCAGUCGCUUCUUGGGCGUUCAUGUUUGGGGCACGUGGCUGUUGACGCAGCUGUCGUGGCCGCAUAUGCAACGCGCAAAGUAUGGUCGGGUCCUGAUAGUGUGUUCCCAUUCUAUCUUUGGCAUGCCUGGCAACGCAGCCUACACUACAGCCAAGGGAGCGCUCUUUGGAUUAGGUCGCACAUUGGCACUUGAGGGGGAGAGUGGUGGCAUUCAUGUCAACCUUCUUGCCCCGGUUGCGGCAACAGCUAUGACGAAAGAGAUGUUGGGAGGUAACGAAUCGAUGUUUGAGUGGGCGUCGCAGCAAUAUCCACCUUCUACUGUGUCUUCAGUGGCAUCGUGGCUUGUUCAUGAGGACUGUGAAGCUAACGGCGAAUUCAUUGGUUCCUACGGUCGGGGACUAGGCAAGAUUGCACUGACGCAUUCUAGAGGCGUGGUGUGUGAUGGCCAAGGAGAGUUUACUCCGGAGGUUGUUAGAGAUAAUUUUGCUAAAGCUUUGGAAAUGGAAGGCGCUGUGGUUUUGAGUUCGAUGAUUGAGGUGCAGAAUAGUAUAAUUAGUCCUGGGGAAAAUGUGUCACUGUGAGCUGAUGCACAAUUUAGAGUAGGGUUCCGUCGAGGUAAUUUACCGAAUGGUAAUUUACCUAUCUGACCAAAGUUUUUGACGUCAGAAACUUCUA